AUAAAAUAUGUUUUUUAUUUUUAGAAGUUUAAUUAUUUUUUGACAUUAUUUAAACCCAAUUGUGUUGUAUCGAAAUAGAUAUUAAAUAUGAGUUUUUUUUUAAGUUUAAAAAAUUUUAAAUAUAUUAGUUCUAUAAAAGUUAAUACAAAAUAUUUAAAUAGAUGUCUUUCUCAGUUUUAUCCCGUUGAUGAAAAUAUUUUUGGACUGAAUGAACAACAAAGAGAACUAAGGAGUUCGGUGUUUAACUUUUUUCAAAAAGAAAUAGCUCCGAAAGCAGCUGAAAUUGACAGAAAAAAUGACUUUGAUGAUCUCAGGACAUUCUGGAGACAAUUAGGUAAUUUAGGUCUUCUUGGAAUCACUGCCAAAACGGAGUAUGGAGGUACAGGUGGUAGUUAUUUGGAUCAUAUAAUCGUAAUGGAAGAACUUAGUAGAGCUUCCGGAUCUGUAGCUAUAACAUAUGGCGCCCACUCGAAUUUAUGUCUUAACCAGAUACAUAGAAAUGGAACAGAAAAACAGAAACUUAAAUAUUUGCCAAAACUUUGCAAUGGUGAACACGUUGGAGCAUUAGCAAUGUCUGAACCUAGUUCAGGAUCUGAUGUCAUUUCUAUGAAACUCAAGGCUGAAAAGGCCGGAGAUUACUUCAUUUUAAAUGGAAAUAAAUUUUGGAUUACUAAUGGACCAGAUGCUGAUAUUCUCGUUGUUUAUGCAAAAACUGAUCUUAAUGCAUCCAAGCCUCAGCAUGGAAUAACUGCAUUUAUUAUUGAAAAAGGAAUGGAAGGUUUUCGUGCUGGUAAAAAAUUAGAUAAACUUGGUAUGCGUGGCUCCAAUACAGGAGAACUUAUUUUUGAAGAUUGCAAAGUUCCUGCUGAAAAUAUGCUAGGAGAAUUAAAUAAAGGAGUUUAUGUAUUAUUCAGUGGGCUUGAUUUGGAGAGACUCGUUUUAGCUGCCGGACCAUUAGGAAUUCUUCAGGCUUGUUGUGAUAUUUCUUUCGAAUACGCUCACACACGAAAACAAUUCAAUAAAAGAAUUGCUGAAUUUCAAAUGAUUCAAUCGAAAAUUGCUGACAUGUAUACGAGUUUGAGUGUGAGUAGGAGUUACUUGUAUUCUGUAGCAAGGGCUUGUGAUGCUGGACACGUGAACCGUAAAGAUUGUGCUGCAGUUAUAUUAUAUUGUGCAGAAAAUGCUACUAAAGCAGCUUUAGAUGCUAUACAGAUACUUGGUGGAAAUGGGUACAUUAAUGAUUAUCCUACCGGUCGUUACUUAAGAGAUGCAAAAUUAUAUGAAAUUGGAGCUGGAACGAGUGAAAUACGACGAAUGGUAAUAAGUCGAGCAAUCAGUGAAGAAUAUUCAUAAAUAAUGUAUGUUUUUAUAUGAGUAUAAUUAUUUUUAAUAAGCUAUAUUCCUAAACAUUAUGUUGAAAAUUCGUAUUCUAAAUAAAUAGUAGUUACUACUCA